AUGAAAAUUCCUUUGUUGGUGACGAUAUGCCUCUGGCUUUUUGCUUUGGCAGCUGCUAAAGGCGUGUUUGAGUUUACUGGCCUUCAACAACUCGAAGAUGGAAUUCGCUCUGCUAAAAAGGGAGCAUUGAUUGAAUUUUAUGCUUCAUGGUGUGGCCACUGCAAGACUCUUGCUCCUAUAUAUGAAGAGUUGGGACAAGCAUUUGAUGAGAAUAAGGAUAUCUUAAUCGGUAAAGUCGAUGCUGAUACGUAUGGUGAAGUCGGAAAGAAAUAUCAAAUUCGUGGAUUUCCUACGCUCAUAUGGUUUCCCCAUGAUGGCUCGGAUCCUAUUCAGUAUUCUCAUGCCCGCGAUUUGGAUAGCCUUACGCAAUUCGUUUCUGAGAAGACCGGUGUCAGAAAGCUCAAGAAAAAUGCAGUCCCUAGUAGCGUUAUUGAAUUGGAGUCUGCUAGCUUUGAUGAUAUUGUAAUGGAUGACACCAAAGACGUCUUGGUGGAAUUUUAUGCCGACUGGUGUGGCUACUGUAAGCGUUUGACUCCCAUUUAUGAAAAACUCGCUGCAGUUUUCAAGAAUGAACCAAAUGUAAAAGUUGCAAAGAUUAAUGCAGAUGUUUAUGCCGACGUUGGUAUGAAACAUCAAGUUGCUAGCUUCCCUACAAUCAAACUUUUCCAAAAAGGUCGCAAAGACGAGCCUGAUGCCUAUAACGGCGAUCGUUCUUUGGAAAGCCUGACUGACUACUUAAAUGAGAAAACCGGGUCUCAGCGUUCUAUUGAUGGAAGCUUAUUGCCCUCAGCUGGUCGAGUUCCCGUUCUCGAUGAGUUUGCUUCAGAGUUCAUGGAUAACUCUCGGGCUGCCAGGGAGGUUGUUCUCGAAAAGGUAAAGCAAUUCACCUUAGAAAAUAGCUCUCGCUGGACUCAAUAUUAUAGGAAUGUCUUUGAAAAAGCCUUAAAGGAUGAAAACUGGGUUACCAAGGAAGCUAAGCGUUUAUCUAAGAUUUUGCGUCAAAAAUCUAUUGCUCUUGCUAAUGCGGACGAUUUCAAAGCACGUCUUAACAUUCUUCGUUCUUUUCUUUCUACCAGUAGUGAUGAGCUUUAA